AUGAGCUUCGAUGAAGAUUCUCCCUUUCUAUAUGAAAACUUAAAAAGUAUAUUACAAGCCAGCCAUAAGGUACAUGACAAAAGGAAAAAGUAUGUUGACCAUAUCUUUGACUUGGCAUUUCAUAAUUUACACCCCAAAAGAACUUCAUACAAGGGAGAAGAAAAGUCAAAUGAAAUAAACUGUAACGGUUUAAUAACUAGGAUACAUAAUAAUGAGAGUUAUUAUGAAAACGAUGCAUUAGCUACUUUGAAUGAACCCUUUUCUGAUAUAGCUAAUACUGAACAAUGGCUUAAACCAUUUAAUAAGGAUAACUUCUGUCUUAAAGAGAAAUAUAAUAAAAACAGGUUCUGUUGCACAGAAAAUUUUGGAUGCUUCAAAGAACUUAAAAAAAAUGAUGACAGAACAUUAUUCAUUAAAAAUGUUAAGAGAAAAUUCAUUAAUGACUUAUGUGAGUAUUAUAAUAAACUCAGAGUAAAAUAUUUUGAUGAGAAUUUGUUAUUUGAAAACUCUACAACGGACGACAAAGAUUUUAAACUGAAGGAAAGUACUAGCGAAAAUGAAGGCAUUCCUAACAAUAGAAUGUCAUGUAAUUACUUGAAAAAAGACUAUAUAUUAACCAUACGGAAAUUUUACUUUAUCAAGCAUUUAUAUAAUUUGUGCACAUACAUCUAUACAUAUGCAUAUAUAUAUAUACAUACAUAUAUAGGUUCCUCUGAAGACACGCCAGAUAAUCGCCACUCGGAUAUCAGCAUUUUGAGGAAAAACAACUGUAAAUUGAAUGAGAAGAAUAAAAUUCAACAGUCUUUGUUUCAUUUGGGGGAAAGAACUUAUGCUCCUCCCUAUUCAAAUAAUAAGAAAUGUAUUCCUGAAAUUUUUAGUAAUCAAGAUAAAGAAUACAUAUACGUAAGUGCAGAUGUAAAUCUCUCUGCAAAGAGAGAAAAUAGAUCAGCUUUUAAACUCAUGAAUGAAAAUUCUAGAAAUUAUAUAAAAACAGAUAGAAAAGAUAAAUUUUUCAGAAAUAUGAAGAAGGAAAUUCCAAAUAAGCAAUUUAUAAAUAUUAAAAACAAAAAUACAUAUUUUGAUUCAAACAAGAAGAAAAUACCCUUAGUAUUAAGUUGUGAGAAAAAAGAAACAGAUUUAAAACAAAAGACAAAAAAUUAUGGUAAUCAUAAAGAGCUUAAUAAGGGUAAUAUACAUAUAGAAAAAGAAAAAAGAGUAAAUAAUAUAUCAAAAGAAUUUAGUAGUGAUUUAGAUAAUAGUAAGAACGAACAUGUUAUUUAUGUUUCACCUAAUAGUGACAAUACUACCGUAAGUAGAACUAAGAAAGGUAUGAUAAAAUAUACUCCCGAAUUAUUCUACAAUAGUGAACGAUUUAACAGAACAAAGUUGAAAUUGACGCAUAAUAAAUCCUUUUUAGAGAGUCAACAAAAUUUAAGUAAGUUGUGCAAGUUGAAUGAGGUGAAUAAGUCGAAUAAGAUAAAUAGGUCUAAUAAGAUAAAUAGGUCGAAUAAGAAUAAUAUCAUUAAAAACUUAGAUUUACCUGGACAAGGUGAUAAACGAAAAAUGGAGGCAGAAAAUAUAAUUUUAAAUAAUUACCAGAGAAACCUAGAAAAUAAAAGUAAUAAAAGUUUUAAAGGUAUACUUUACACUGUUAAGGAAAAGAUUGAUCUUGUCACUGACAGUGAAGGAAGUACUACAUCCGUAAACGUACAGAAGAAUAAAGCGAAGGAAUACAUAGUCAACAAAUUAAAUAAAGUAGAACUAGGAAAUAAACUAACUCAAACAAAUUUACACCGUGAAGACCAUAAUGAUGAUGAUACACAUACGUCUUGGGAAAGCCAUAAUAAGGAUAUCUUAAAUUUUUCUAAUAAAAAUGAGAAAAAAAGUGAGUAUGAAACAAAAAAGAAAUUUUAUAAAUCUGCAGCAAGUGUUUCGCGGAUAAUAAAAUGGUACAAUAAAAAAAUACCAAGUAUGAAUAAAAUGACGCACGAAAGGAAACAAUCAUUUUCUAAAAAGAGACCAGAUAAAAGGCAGAAGUGUAGGAAAAAAAAAGGAGGAACAAAACCAGACAAUAGAAAAUUAGGGAAAAAAGUAGUAGAAAAAAACAAAAUGAUAAAUGAGAAAAAAAAUUGGACAGAGUCAUCAUACGAAGCGGAAAAAAAAAAAAUUCUCCUGUAUGAAAAGCAUAAAUUUGAGAACAAACAAUUAGACUAUUACUUUGAUAUGAAUAAGCCCAAAGGAGAAAUAAUAGAAAAGGGAAAUUUCAAAAAAAAAACAAAAAAGAAGAAGGAAAACAUAUCAAUGAAGAAGAAGAAAAAAAAGGACAGUUAUCAUUAUAUGCACGAUGAAGAUAACAAUAUGGAAACAAAUAAAUAUGUGAGUCCAAGGUUUUCAAAUAUGGAAACCUUCUCAGUAAUGUGUGUGGAAGAAAAAAGCGGAAGCAAUGAUAUUGAAAAAUUGAACUAUGAUAAAGAUUACAAAAGUGGCAGAAAGGCAUAUACUAAGCUUCAUACUAAUGGUAGAAGUGAAAAGAACAGGGGAAAAAGAAGUUACGGAAUUUUAAAUAUUUUCAAAUCUUCUACAGAUAGUAUCCAUAUUAAGAGUAAUAGCAUAUCACAUGAAAAGAUGAAUUUGAAUAACGAAUGGAACGAAAAAGUGAAACAAAAUGAAGAAGUUGUGUGGGGAAAAGCAGAUCGUGAAAGCGGGGAAGACCGGAAAGGUAGUGAAAUAUACAGUCUUGAAAGAAGUGAGAAGAAUUACGAUAGAGAUAGACAUGUCAGUGAAUGGAAGACAAGAAGAGCAUGUAAAAAUACUCUUGAUAUAUAUUCAAAGGAGAACAUAUAUACUAAUACGCAGUUUAGAAGAAUUAUUGAAAAGAGGAAAAGAAAUGAUAUAAAUGUAAAUAUCGAAGAAGGAACUACUAACAGUGAUUACUAUGAUGAUGAUGAUAAUGAUAGAGAAAAAAAAAUAAAACCUAAAAACAGCAAAAAUGGAAAAGGAAAUUUUUAUUAUGGCAUUGUUAAUUAUGAAAAAUUGAGGAAAGAAAAUACUAAAAGUAGGGGCAAUAUAGAUAAUGCAAAGAGUUAUAGAACCAUUUCUACAAAUUCGUUAUUGUAUAUGAAUGAAUAUGACAAGGUAGCAGAUGAACAGUACUACGGAGACGAUGAGAGUUCGCACUUGAGUUCAUCAUCAUCCGAGAUUCAUUAUAGUAACAGAAGGGAAAGUUAUAUAAAUUUCUACAGUAAAAUGUAUAUAGGAAAAUCAAGCGAAGAGCAAUGUUGUGUGCAAAAGAACGAACAGUAUUGUUAUGACUAUUCUAGUUAUAGAGAAAAACAUGAAGAAGGAAAUUUUACAGCAAUUGGUAAUAUUCCAAAAGAGAGCAGCAUAAUCAAAAGUAAUGUUGUCUAUUCGGAUGAUAAUACAAAAGAUUUAAUAAGGAGUAAUAACAAAUUACAUACAGAUGUACUAUUACAUAAUAAAUUAGUACCUGGUGGUGUAGGGGGAACAAAAGUACUGAUAAGCUCAUCUUUAGAGAAUAGUGUUCGAGAUAAUUUUACAAAAAGGGCUUUUAUUAUGCAUGAAGAAAUGUACAAAGUUUUGAAAAAGAAAAAGUACGAUAAUGAAAUAGAAAACAUAUUAAAAAUAUUUUCUAAACAUGUAAAGGCAAAAAGGACAUACAACAAAAGUGACGAUUAUCUUGUUGUAAAAAAAAAAAAAAAAAGAUCAAACAAACAAAAUGUUAAAAAAAAAAUACAAAAAAUGGGUAGUAAAAAAAGGUGUAAUAAAAUAGAGAGAGAAGAACUGAAGACGCAAAAUAUAGACCUAACAAGUUAUACGAAACCUAUAAAAAAAAUGGACAAAAUUUAUUUGGACAAAGCUCCAAAAAGCUUGCCUCUAACUAUGUUAAUAAUAAGAAACUUUGAAGAAAAUAAGGAAAAAGUAGAUAAACAUAUAAAAGUAAGAUAUAAGGUCGAAUUGACAACUAAUAUGAAGAGCACACUUAAAUUAAAAGAAUCAAUUGAAAAGGAGAAACAGCUAUUUUCAAGAAUUGAGAAAAUAUAUAAUUUUUGUGAUGUAUACAAAGAAGAAACUAAUGAAAAAUAUGAUUACAAUCUUGUAGAUACAUUUAUUCCAUUUCCAAAUAUGAAAAGAUUUUCGAACAAUCUUGAGCCAUAUAAAAUGAUAACAUUUAAUACAACAGCGGAGAAGGAGGGGAAAAAAAAUGUCUCUUUCAAUAUAAGUAGAAUUGUAAAGAAUAAUUGGGGUAAAAACACGCAUAAGAACAAAUUUACUCCAUACAAUAAUAACAGCAUUAGGGCAGUUAAGGAAUUAGAAAAAAGAAAUGUUUAUACAUUUGGAAAAAAAUCGAAUUUAUUAUCUAAACGUGAUACCUAUAAUAAAGUGUGUAACGGAGGGGGAGGUAGUAUAAAAUUACCUACAAAAAUGAUAGUAUUUUCAAAAAAGGGGGGAAAAAACACUGCUUUUUCCCCUUUAAGUAGGAAGAACACAUUGAAGCAUAAUUUCAAUAGAGAUAUGCUUUUAUUAAAUAGAAGAGAAGAACAAUAUGAAAAUGGAACUAGUACAUAUGAUGUAACUUCACCCUUGCCAAAACAAGCGUUAAAAGUAGAUGAUUUUACUUGUGAGAGUAAAUAUUUUGAAAAAAACAAAUACUCUACAAAUAUCGAGCAAUAUAGUGUGGUAAUAAGAAACUCUAUGGAAAAAGAGAAGAAAAAGGAAGUAUUUUUAAAAGAAAGAAACAAAUUAAAAAGUCCAAGAAGAGUGAAAAGCUCAACUGAUAUAAACAUUUCCACUACAAAAUUGUCGAAUGACAAGAAGAUAAAUGAAAAUUUUACCAUAAAAAAUGAAACGUUACCAAAAGUUAAUGAAGUGUAUAUAUGUAAGGGGAAAAGCACGAAUAAUAUCCAAGACGAAAUUAUCCGUUACGGACAAUUAAAAAACUCUUUAACGGCAGGUUUUAAAAAAAUUAGCUCUAAGGGGAAAGAAAAUAUUAGCCAUGUUAUUAAAGGUCAAAACAGUGACAGCUAUAGUUCAUUGGACCCUUUUGAAAGUGAAAAGAGGAACAACAGAAAUUACAAGGAUGUUAAGAAAGGGGUGGAAGGAAAAAAAAUAACAAGUUGUUUUGACAAUGAUAGAGUUGUUUCCAUUGACGAAAGUGAAAACUUUAUAAAGCACUACCGUGAGAGGGAAGAGACUACCCAUGAGAGGGAAGAGACUACCCAUGAGAGGGAAGAGACUACCCAUGAGAGGGAAGAGACUACCCAUGAGAGGGAAGAGACUACCCUUGAGAGGGACAAAUCUACGCGUGAGGGUCUUCCUAAGGGUGAAGAGUUGCACAAGGAGAAGGACAAAUAUAAAACUAAAAUAUAUCAUAAAAAAAAAGAUAUUAAUGGUAGCGUAAGUAAUAACGACAGUAGUAACUGUAGUAUGGAUAAAAAUAACAAACUGAUCCCUGGAAUAGUCGACAGCAUUGUGCACGUUUCUGAAAGAAAUGCUUUUAAUAAAGUAUAUCCAGUAAAUAAAGAAGAAAUGAAUGGCAAUAAAACGGGGAUAUAUUCUAAAAUACUUUACGAAGAAGAAAAUACAAGAAAAAGAGACAAAGAUGGGAAAAACCUUACAGGAGAAAAAGCGAAAGUAGAGGGUAUAUAUGAAAAAUGUAAACUUAAGAAAGAUACGAUAAGAAUAUACCCAAAUUGGCUUAAUGAGGAAAAUGAAUAUUUAUAUGAACGAGUUUCUCCUAUUUUUGCAAAAGAAUUCCAUAAAUUUUCGAAAGAAAAUUUAAAAGAAAAAAAGAGAAGAAGAAAGGAGAAACGUAUGUAUAAAAAGGGAAAGUGCCUCAGCAGAUUAAACAGUUUAAGCAGAUUAAGCAGGUUAAGCAGAUUAAACAGUUUAAGCAGAUUAGGCAGGUUAAGCAGAUUAGGCAGGUUAAGCAGAUUAAACAGUUUAAGCAGAUUAAGCAAGUUAAGCAGAUUAAACAAAUUAAACAUGUCGUUUGCAUCGAAUUCAAAAGGGGAAGAAACCAUUUUAGGGUGUUUGGCUAAAAAAGAGGGAAAUAAGUAUAAUUUUGUAAGUAAGAUUAGAUAUGAUGAUGGUCAAAAAAAGAGAAAUAUCACCCCUGAUUUAAUACAACAUAGUAACAAUAUAAAGGAUAGGGGAGAAUGGGAUAAAGGUAUAGGGGGGUCUAAUAAGACAUAUUCAAUAUUACACUUUACAGGGAAAGAGGAAGAAGAGAAAAAAGAUAAAACUUUAUUUUCUAAACCGAUUGAGAGAGGGGGACAAGUUUAUUCCAAUCUAAUGAUAAAAGGUAGUUCUUUAAAAAACUGGCAUGAUAAUGAAAGCAUUUCCAAAAAAAAAAGGAUCAAAAAGAAAGUAGAAACUUCACGUUCCCAAAAUAAAACAGGUAACAUCAUGUUCAAUAGUUUAAACAAAGAAAAUAUAAAUGAAAAAAAUAUAUCGGAACAGGUGAAGAAAUUAAGUAAACAAGAGGGUUAUACCAAUGGGAGGGGGAGUGAAAAGGAUUUUCACAAUUUGAAUGCCUCCUUUUUAUAUGGAAAAAAAACAGGCAUAAUAACAGAUGUACCAAUUUUAACAAGUAAAAAAAAGCUAAGAAAAUAUUCAAAUUAUGUUGAUUUAAAAAGCUUAAAUAUAUCUAUGAGAACACUUGAAUUUUUUGUGGAAAAGCAGUACCUUAAAAAGGAUAUUCCUAGCACAAAAAUGCACAGUAUCAAAGGGAGAAGAAGCAAAUUAAGAGGGGAAAUGAGCAUAGGAAGAAGUAAGACAAGCGAGAAAACAAGCAGAGGAAGAAGAAAAAAAAAAGAUUUUCCCCCUUCUACCAAUUUACACAUGUCAUUUUUGAAAAAACAGGAAAACAGAAGAAAAAUAAAAAAAAUAAAAAAGAAAUAUGAAAAGAAUAAAGAAAAGAAGCAAAAAAAGGAAGAAAGGGAAAAACUAGAAAAAAUGGAAAAAAAGUACAAUUUUGGCGAACUUACGGAAAAAGACCAGUUUUCAAUUUUAAGUUACAAUGAAAGUAGUGAAAACCAGUCCCAUGUUACCCCAAAAAUAUUAUAUGACGCAAAAAAAAAAAAAAAUAGUCGCAUGGCUACUUUGGCUGCUACAACUUCUAAUGCGGAUGUUAAUAUUACCACUUGUGAGAAACAUAAUGGGGAAAAAUUAAAAUUUCCAAAAAUUAUAACAAAAAAAACAAUAACCAGCUUUAAUUUAAAUGAGAAACAUGCAAACGAUUUUAAUGAACAACCCAUUCUAAAUGAAAAAAAAGAAAAAAUAUUUAAAUGGUCAAAUAAUGAAAUAAAAAGUGACAGCUUUACUGACAAAUUAAAAAAAAUAAUUCAAGUAAAGCGUACACUUUAUUCAAGUAACAACAACAUAAUAGAAUAUUCUUACGAAGAUUUAGAAAAUUUACAAAAUAUGGAAAGUAAGGAGGAAGAAGUUAAAAUGAACAAUGAAUCGACAAAAGAGGAGUUGAUAUCUGGCAAAAAAAAAAAUGCAAUCUUUACUGAAAGAAAAGACAGCAUUUUUUCUAACAAAAGGAAGAAUAAGGUGGUUGAACAGUUUUUAACCAUCAAGAUAAAUAUAAUAACAGUAUAUCUACACUAUUUUAAUAUAAAACGCGUGAAUAUGAAAGGAAAUUUUAACAUGAAGGUAACUAUUUAUUCUUCUAGUAAUAUGAAGACAAUUGAAAAUAAUUGUAAGACUGACACCUUUCCAUGUUACUUUACAUCUCACACGAAUGGAAUUUGCUUAAGUUCUGAUGCCUUCAAAAAGAUCGACGCAUUAUGUGAAAAUGAUUCCAAGGAAUACUUUAAAUUGAUUAUUUCCUGUCGACGAGAAAGGGCUUUUUUAAAAAAGGAGUUAAUAAGAAUCUACAGCAGAACUUUCCAAGCCCCUGUAGAAUUGAAGGCAUACAACUUAAGCCGAAAUAAGAAAUAUGCAUUCGAGACUAGCAGCUCAAAUGAUGAGCUCUACGAAUUGAAUGGUAAUAUUAUAAUGGGUACGCUCUAG